AAUGCAUGAUAUUGCAGGGAAAAGAUUUGUGGAAGGGGAGGAGCGACGGGCGAGCGGCGGAGGAGAGAAGAGGGAAAGAGUUCAAGUGGAGCAGAGAAAAGACAAAGAGUCGGCGGUCGGCCAUGGGUUUCUCUUGUGCCUGUGGACGUGGAGAGAACGGACCCUUCCAUCGAGGUGGCGGCGCGUCAUCGGAGCCAGCGGACGGAUGUGCACCAGUCUCGCCCAAGGAGCCGCAGAGGCAACCAGAUUAUGAAGAUUUGAUACAUCUGCUGGGAGGCGAAGCUCGGCGGCUGCAUAUCCAAAGCCAGGAUUAGUUGCCCCUUUCAUUUCAUCUGCUCUUGGCCGGCGCCUCGACCAUGAGGCUAGAGCACGGGCGGCGGGCCUCGCUGGCGCUCACCCUCAACCUUGUGGCGUUUGCCUUUGCCUUGUCGGCGGUGACCACCAGCCACUGGUGCGAGGGCACCAGGAAGGUGGCCAAGCCCUUCUGCACGGGCCCGCCGGUGAAGGCCAAGCAGUGGUUCUGCAUCCGCUUCAACAGCUCCAACAUCAACGACACGCGGCUGGUGCAGUACAUCUUCGAGACGGGCGAGGAGAAGUUCCUGAUGAAGAAGUUCCACACGGGCAUCUUCUUCUCCUGCGAGCAGGCGGCCGACAUGAACGGGUUCGACUGUCGGGACUUCUUCGAGAUCGCCCCCGAACACGAGAGAGGGGUCCUGUGGUUGUGCAUCGUGGCCGAGACUCUGUACCUCGCCCUGCUCUUCGCGGGCGGCGCCCUGAUGACCCUGGAGCAGUGUCCCUGCUUCAGCAUCAUGAACAAGCUGAAGCUCAGUGCCUUCGCCGCCUUGUGCACGGCCCUGUCAGGCCUUUGUGGGAUGGUGGCCCACAUGAUGUUCACCACCAUAUUCCAGCUGGCCGUCGCCAUGGGGCCAGAAGACUGGAGGCCAAAGACCUGGGACUACAGCUGGUCUUAUGUUUUAGCGUGGGGCUCCUUCGGCACCUGCAUGGGCUCGGCGGUGACGGCUCUGAACCGGUACACGAAGACCAUCGUGGAGUUUAAAUACAAGCGACGGAACAUCGAGAAGAGCCUGCUGAUCAAGCAGAAGAUGAUGGAGCUGGACCUCCCCGAGCAGAUGUGGGACAUGUACCUGACCGCCGUGCCCGCCGACGCAGAGGCGCCGCUAGAGCUGCCCGUCAACGGCCUCAAGCCGUCCACAGGCACAACGUAUGUGGUGGAAAUGGACGGCGUGCCUGAGCAGCAAGGAGAAGUGUACUGCUAAGAAGAGUUGAGUCGCCGUCCCUUCGCUGCACUGGAACACUUGAUUUACUGGACCUUGUUCUAGGAAUUAAAUUUAAUAAUUUUUUCGAUCCUGCGUCUGAAAUGAUGUAACACGGUCUGCUUCGACACAACAUGCAUCUCAUUCAAUUCACUGUGGCCAUGUGCACGUCGCAGCAAUGACCCAUGAUAUCUACUUAAAUUAGAUUUUCUUUCUGCUGAGACAUAUUCUGCUCAUAUUCAGGUUCAUAAUUUUAACUUUGGUCGUUACUUGAAACGGUUUACAUGCGGUGAUGUUCAUCAGUUUCCUCAGACUGUCCAUUCUUUCACAGCCUCCGUCUGGUUUUGUCUCUUUAAGGCCCCGAGGCAUCAGGGGGCCCCUGGGCCACAGACUAUGGCUUCAAGUGACUGUUAAUAUAUGAAGACGCACAAAAAGACCACGAAGAAGAGACGGAAGAGACUCACAAAACAAGGAGAACAACAUGACAGAGGGAUUCAAGAUUUGGACAAAAACAUUCACAAUGGCGGAGCGCGGGAGGGUUUGGGUCCGAGGCCUUGUCCAUAACACCUCGGAGAAGACGCGUGCUGUUGCUCCUCCAACGCACCAUUUGGAUUCAUACCACCAGUUUUACGCAAACUCAAAAUUUCUGUCACUGAUUGUUUUGAUCAAAAAACCCCAAUGGAUGAGAUACAAGAAGAAUCAAACAUGGACAUCACCAGACUGAAAGAGGACGGAGGGUAACUGUCUGUCAGUGGAGUGAGACUGACAUCUGUUGGAACAACAAUGCAUUUCAGAUGUAUUUCUACAGUGUUUGAUGC